GGCGUCAUAGAUCAAUGUUCUGUCAGCUGAGUAGCAGCAUCUUUGGCUGUCAUAACACACGGAGCGUUGUGUCCAAACUGCUAAUAUUGCUACAACAAUCUACAAAUUCCAAUGCGGUUGAAGUAGGGUGUUAGGAUAUGCCGAUCCAAAACUGGUGAAGGAACUUUAUCCCCGGCAUGGCAGCAGAAAUACAGCCUAAACCGCAGGCUCGAACGCCUGUACUGCUCAACAAAAUCGAGGCAUCACAAGAUGUUGUAAAUACUGCGGUAAUUAUUCCAAAGGAGGACGGUGUUAUAAGCGUCUCAGAGGACAGGACAAUCCGGAUAUGGCUGAAGAGAGACAGUGGUCAGUACUGGCCCAGCGUCUUCCACACUAUGCCAGCUUCUUGCUCCUGUAUGUCCUUUAACCCAGAGACUAGGAGGCUGUCUGUGGGAAUGGAGAAUGGAACUGUCUCUGAGUUCAUCCUGUCAGAAGACUACAACAAGAUGACCCCUGCACGGACCUAUCAGGCACACCAAGGCAAAGUGACUGUGGUGCUGUUUGUACUGGAGAUGGAGUGGGUACUCAGUACAGGACAGGACAAGAACUUCACCUGGCACUGUUCUGAGAGUGGAACCCAGCUGGGGUUGUACCGCACCACAGCCUGGGUCUCUGGACUACAGUUUGAUGUGGAGACAAGGCACGCCUUUGUGGGUGACUUUUCUGGUCAGGUGACCAUUCUGAAGCUGGAGCAGGACAGCUGUAGCCUGGUCACUACCUUCAAAGGACACACAGGCAAUGUGACUGCGCUUUGUUGGGACCCGGUCCAGAGAGUGCUGUUCUCUGGCAGCUCGGAUCACUCCAUUAUCAUGUGGGACAUAGGGGGACGCAAAGGCACCGCCAUAGAACUCCAGGGACACAACGAGAAGGUCCAGGGCCUGUGCUACGCGCCACACACGCGCCAGCUGAUCUCCUGCAGCGCCGACGGGGCCAUUGUCGUCUGGAACAUGGACGUGACCAGACAAGAGACCCCAGAGUGGCUGGACAGUGACUCGUGUCAGAAGUGUGAGCAGCCAUUCUUUUGGAACUUCAAACAGAUGUGGGACAGUAAGAAAAUCGGCCUCCGACAGCACCACUGCAGGAAGUGUGGGCAAGCUGUGUGUGGAAAGUGCUCGGCCAAGCGCUCCACUAUCCCACUCAUGGGCUUUGAGUUUGAGGUGCGUGUGUGCGACAGCUGCCACGCGUCCAUCACAGACGAGGACCGGGCACCCAUGGCAACAUUUCAUGACAGCAAGCACAGCAUAGUGUACAUGCAUUACGAGCCGACCACAGGCUGGCUACUGACCUCUGGGACCGACAAGGUUGUCAAGCUCUGGGACAUGAGUCCAGUGGUAUCGUGAGGGUCACUGGGGCCAGGGAGCAAAAUAGAGCUCCAUCUGCCUGUCAGAUGAGAGCAUACAGUCUCGGGGCCGUCGUCCUGAGAGGAUGAGGAUGUAUCUGCGGGGAUGACGAUGUAUCCAAAAGAACAACCACCACAACAACAGCCACCUUGAACCUUGAACAGGGUGUGUGUGUGUGCGCGUGUGUGCGCGUGUGUGCGCGUGUGUGCGCGUGUGUGUGUGUGUGUGCGUGUG